CGCAGUGCCCGACACACACCAGGUCCCGUACGGCACACGACUAGAGGCGCGCACAGUCCGGCACAGUCCACUCGGCGAUACGACCCAUGCUGGACCGUCGUCGCUCUGGUCCACGCCGGCAUCAGGCAUCCAGCACCCGCGCCGUCGUCACCAGGCCGCUGCACCAGACAGCCACACCAGCCCGCCGAGGUCGUACGUCAACGAGGACGCGGUAUCGUCGCACGUCACGUCAACGUGAUCGCGCGUGGUCCAGGGACCGCGGUGGGUGCAUCACCGCCGCCGAUUGCCGGCAAUUAAAAAUAAAAAAGAAAAACAAAACGAUGCUAUAAGAGGAGAGAGAGAGAGAGAGAGAGAGAAAGAGACGUCAAAGGAUUCGAGGAUAUCACCGGACGACGACCGUCUGGGAACUUCGGUUCAUCGAACUCGUGCAAAACAUCGCGUCGCGACUCUGCGGGACACUCGCAACGCGACGCUUUCGGAUUUGUUUAUAUUUUUCUUCUUUUUUUUUUUCUUCUAUUCACUUCGAUAUACCGUAUCAGCGAGGUACGAAGGUGACGGUAGUGAGCGAACAGUCAACGAGAAGCAAUUCCGGAUAAAUUCGUUGUGCGAGGAAACGGCUGUGAACUCUGUUGAUCACGGGCGACGAACAUCACGUUUGGUGCGAACAAACUGCCUGCGGUCGGCGUGCCGCGUGUCGGCGUAACAUCGGUUUCGCAGGUGCCACAAGGAAAUUGGUCAGUGACGAGUCAACGUACAGAACUACUGUCAAUCACAAAGGUGCCAUCGUUCCCGCCGGCCGAGCACGUAAACGUCGUCAUCCCGCACCUGUGCGCGCUGAUCGUUCCGGUCAGUUAGUCACUCGGUCAGCUUGGUAUUGAUAUUAUCGUUCGCGGAGUCACGGUGUCAUAUAUGUCGCGUGUAUUUAUCGCGGUAGUGAACGCGAUACAGUCGCAAAGAGAUGCGACCAUUGAGGAACAUGAGGACCGAUAUUAGUUGACGAAGAAGUGUCCAGGUUGCGGUGAUCAGGUGUGCGAAAAUCGGAUCGGAUAUAAUAGAGCGUAAUAGAGCGCGAUUCGCGAACUAAGAAAAGAACUGGACACGGUGUGUCCCUAGAAAUAAAGAAGGACAGGGAGGACAGUGUUUCGAUAUCCCGGGAAAAAUCGGAUGGACCCUCUCGCGGAGGGUGAAAACACGCGGUGGAGGUGAGAGGGAGGAGGGCGGAAGCGUGACGACGGCCGAAAUCGGGAUCGGGUCUAUUGUCCUGUCGUUCUGCCACCGACGUGCGCUUGUCGCUUCCUCCUUUCUCAUCUCGUCUCCGCGGAUGUGAUUCAGGAGAUCGGAAGGUAACAACUGGCUCUUGGUCCCAACGACAACUGCAAUCGCAACUGCAACCCCUUUCCGUCCUGGACUCCCGGAGCUGAAGCUCGUUCUUUAAGAGACAGUGUUACGUGACGAGAGUCGAAGAUCGCGAACGCCACCAUGAGGAUCAAAAUGCCCGCGGUCAGGAUCGCGCAAGCGGAAACCUCGCAAAGUACUACGUCCCCAGACACCGUCCAAUGCGGGGGCUGCAGGGCGUCCUACCCCCUUGGAGAGAUUGUCCGGUUCAUCGAGCACAAGGUCAAUCAUUGUCGGAGCACCCUCCAGGGCUGCCACAGUCCACCGGCGACGGCCGCGCCGGAGGACUCCGACCCAGAGGACGCUCUCACCCUGAAGACCACCGAUCCGGACUCAAAGUUGAACUCGGUACCCAGCAUCUCUGCGCCCAUCAACAAGAGAAGCGGACGACUGGAGAGUCCGCCAACGCCUCAGGGUCCGGGACCGGAUACCGGAAGUCCGAUCGACCUGAAGGCAAGCGCCAGCUCGACGCCAAAAAGACGAACGGAAGCACCGGAUGAGGACAAAGAGGAUCUUCCGAAGAAGCAGAAAACCGAAUCUGUGGAUGCUGAUACGAACACAGUCAAUUCUGAACCAAGAUGGUUACAGUGCUCGCAGUGUUCUCGACGGCUGUGCUCAGCAUGGGAGCUCCUUCAGCAUGUACAGAGCAUGCACGGUGCCCGCCUCUACUGCUCCUCCUCCUCGUCGACGAACUCGUCGUCGAACACUCCGGCGCCUAGUCCACCGACGCCUACGCCGACGCACGCGCAUCAUUUAAGUCCGCCAAAUCAUCUAAACUUAAGCGGCAAGUCCACUGGAAGUUCCUCGGCAGCGAACUCUUCCGGCGGUACGAAUACAAGUGGCAGUAGUGGUGGCCGACAGCAGCUUCAGACCUCGUCCUUAGUGGGCGAUCCUCUUCAUAGUUUUUUGAGGCUACCCCAACACUUGGAACGAAGUUUUCCGCCUAUGUUCAGGCCCGACUUCCUCACCUUGAAUCCCCUAGCGGGAUACAGAGGUCUUCAGGAAUUGCAGACCGCCACGCGGAAUCUGCAAAACCUGGGCGAUCCGCUUCGCGGUAUGGAUGGUUUAAAUCUGGGGGAUCCACUGGUACGUAGCUCAUUGGAUUCCCUAAAUAAUGCCCGGAACCUGGCAAACCUGGCUGAACUCUCGCACGGCCGUGGCCUCGGAGGCCAAGCACACCCACCACCACUUGAAGCGAACCUGGAUUUUUACUCAGCGCGCCUAAGGAGCCUCGCUAAUCCGUCCUUAGGCGCGGCUCCACCUACACCUAGCGGUAAUCCCACGACGAAUCCCCCUCCUCCACCGGUACCACCAGUAUCGUCAGUUCCUGUCGCCAGCAGUGUUCAACAACAGCAGCAACAACAGCAACAACAGUCGCAGCAGCAACAAUCUCAGCCCCAUUCACAGUCAGUGGAACCGCCUAGUCCAGCCUCAGCCAACCCCGCAAAUUUAACCCACAGCAGUCACCAAAAAGAGAACUCGCCGCCUUGUUACAGUCAAAGCCCUGUGGGUCAUCAUAACAAUAAUAAUUCAACCGACAGCGAGAAGACUAGCCCACCAGUAGCCUCUACGCCAAUUAUUACUGAUUCUUCGUCGGAGACAGUGUACACAUGCGAAAUCUGUGACAAAAAGUUUCGCUUCCAAUCAAACUUGAUCGUUCAUCGUCGCAGUCAUCGAGACAAAGAAAGGCAAUACCAGCAACAAGAAAGCACGCAAGAUAGUCAGAGUACGCCAACGAGAUGCGAAGUGUGCGAGAUUGAAGUAGCAAGCUUCACCGAAUUGAGGAAACACAUGAGGAAGGAACAUCAGGAUCACUUGAACUCGGCCGCUAGUCCGCAAGGCAGUGUUGAAACGGUGCCUGACGAUGGGUCCAGCUGCGAUGAAAAUAUGGACCUGGACGAGAUGGACGAGAACGAGCAGAAGAACGAGCGGGAGGAUGCAGAGGAAAAUACACCAGAGGAUCUAAGCACUACACAAGGUCAGAACGGCGAGGAGAGCGUAGGUCGAGUGGAGAAACCGGCUAGCUUGGUGGGCGAUCUCAUGGAGAAAUUUGGUCUGAGUAACAUCGCUCAAUACUCAGAAGCUUAUCGACAAGCAUUACAAGAAAAUCAUCGUAGCGGUUUCCUCAAAACUGAAUCACCGUGCAACCUCACUAAUACGCUCAACAAUAACAAGGAGAAGGAAAGUGCUCUCUCGCCCACAAAUUUUAAUUCCUCAACAACGCCGAAUAUUUUUUCUGGCCAGGGAUUUCCUAGGUCCUCAGGACCAGAUUUCGGAGGUCUUUGGCUACCUAGUCCGCACUACCUGGAGAAUAAUGAAUUUCGUAAAGCGAGCAAAGCAACGACGUCCAGUUUAGCACUCCAGGGCUUGCCAAGUCCGCUGCUGAAGAAGGAGCGUAGCGGCCGAAACGAUACUUGCGAGUAUUGCGGCAAAGUUUUCAAGAACUGCUCAAAUCUAACGGUGCAUAGGCGGUCACAUACCGGCGAGAAGCCGUACAAGUGCGAGCUCUGUUCAUACGCAUGCGCCCAGAGCUCGAAACUGACCAGGCACAUGAAGACUCAUGGCCGACACGGCAAGGACACGUACAAAUGUCGUUUCUGUGAAAUGCCAUUUUCGGUGCCGAGCACGUUGGAAAAACACAUGAGGAAAUGCGUAGUGGUAGUGCAACAGGGUCCCAAGUUGGACAUUCCGUAUCCAGUAAUCAAGGACGAAGACUCUUCGCUUAGUAGCAAGGAUACUUGAUCCUGGAACGGAAGCCUACCGCCAAUCCCGCCGCUGUGGCCGCAUAGGCCGCCUUAUCCGGUAUACUGAAGAUGAAGGAUCUUCUUCUUCAGGGACCUCGAGAGAGGAAGAGAUGAACAAUUCUGUGGGUCCCGCAAGACUGGAUUUUAUCGAGACGGCGCGACCUCAGAAGGAUCUCUUGACGCGAAAUGUCCGAGGUCACCUCUCGGGAUUAGGAGGGGUGGUAGGUCGAUGAUCUCGAGAAUCUUUGACCGAACCUGGCCUGGAAAUGGCUGGUCGAGUCAACAAGUUGUAAAAAAAUUAUCGAGAACUGAAAGAUCUAGCGUAGCUGGAGUUUCGAUUAAGUUCGAAGAAGAAAGAAUCUUCACACGCGAUCGCGAAGAUUGGAUGCAAUCGUGAAGGCGAUGUAUAGGUGAUGCGAAAAGGCAACAGAUAAAAAAAAAGAAGGUACUCAACAAGAAACUCUACUCCGCAUUUUAACUCACUAGAAAACGAACGAAUGGUUACCAAUUUGCGAGUCUCAGCACACACAGCUAUUUAAAUUACAUAUAUCUCUAUAAAUAUAGUUUAUAAACUACGGAAAAAGACACUAUAAAUA